AUGAAUGCCGAAGAAAUUAAGCGAUUAUCAGGACGUCCACCACUCAAGACAAUAUUGAUAUUAAGCAUAGGUCCACUUUGCUCCCAAAUAACCAGUACUUUAUAUGGAAUCAUAAAUACAUUUUGGGUUUCAAAGUAUAUUGGCGAAGUUGGAAUGUCAGCAGUUGCCAUUGUAGUUGUCUGGGAACUUAUCGGUAGAGCGUUUGGUCUUUUCUUGUCUAUUGCCGCCAGUACUCAAAUCUCAUCUCUCUUUGGCAAGAAGUUAUUCGAAGAAGCUCAACAAGUUGUUUGCGAUUUAUACAGAGUAUCAUUGAUAUGUGGAUGCAUUGUACCAGCAAUCCUAAUCCCUGUUACAAAACCUUACGCAAGAUGGUGUUUGGCUACAGAAGAAACAACAGAAAUGGCUUUUAAGUACAUAGUUCCACAAGCAGCAGGUAAUGUACUCACAUGCAUCUUUUAUACUAACGUGGGCGUGUUACAAGCUGAAGGAAGAACUCUUCUUGUUGGUAUUAUCGAUAUUAUUGCACUUGGUGUCGGAAUGGGAGCCUUAAAUCCAUUGUUUAUGGGUAAACUCAAAAUGGGAAUCAUUGGUCCUUCGAUUUCUACAGUCAUUGCUGAUGGUGUUCCAGCAAUAAUUUUGACAACUCUCUUUUUCUGCGGAAAAUUCGGAACAAAACCAAAAUUAUCCGGAUUAAUCAAACCAUUCAGCAAACACACAUUCCAAGCAAUUGUUGUUGGCAGUUCACAGUUUAUUUCUCAAUUAAGUACCGCUGUUCCUGCAAUUCUUAUGAGAAGAGUUAUGGGUAAAUCUCUUCUUGAUAAAAGCAAAUACGAUGUAAUGAUGAGUGGUUUGAAUGUUGCUUUCAGAUAUUCAAUGCUAUUUUCGGCAAUCAUUUUAGCUCUUUGUACUGGUUUCUUGGCACCUGGAGCUUAUUCAUAUGCUGCGAAACAAUACAAGAGAUAUAUUGAGUUAUCGAUUCACUUGAAUUGGAUUGGCUUUUUUUGGUGUUUGUUUGCAAAUAUUAUUGUUCUUGUUAUUCCAAAACAACUGUCAAGUUUAUUUGGAAAAGGAGAAGAAUUUCUUGAUUGGUCUGUCAAAGAAUUGAAAGCUGCAAACUGGGCAACAUUUGUUUUGUUCAUUAAAUUCACUUUCCAAUCAAUGUUGCAGAGCCAACAGAAAGGAAAGAGAGCCAUGGUUGUAAGUCUUACUUCUAACUUUAUCGCUUUCAUUGCCGCAAUUUAUAUCAUUGAUGCUGUUCAUCCUCAUCAGCCAGAGAAAGUUCUUUGGUGUUUCUGGCUCACUUCUAUUGUUGGUAUUGUUAUUGGUACUGCAUUACUUGCAAAGCCAUUCUAUUCACUUGUUAAAGAAUCACGACAGGAAGUUAAAGCUGAAGAAGAAAAUGAACUUUCUUCUAAAAGUGAUUCUGAUGAAAAAAGAUUCUUCUAA